CACUGAAAACAGAAGUUUCACUUUUUCCAGUUUUGUUAGGUUUUUAAUUAUAAAACAAUAUAUUUAUUGUUUCAAAUUAAUACUACAAGUAUUUGUUCGAUUUAUGACUUUGUGAACUUGAAGCAAACUAACUUUGUAAAUCCACUAAGAAUGACCUUGUGACCAGGUGCUUGAAAAUAAUGACACUGAGUUACAAAUUACAAAAAAAAAAAGAAGUUACAAAUACAUUAAAAAUACACUUCAAAAUGCUUGGCAGCUUUCAUUUGUAGGGUGUGCACAUAAUGAUUAAUAAAACUGCUAUUUCAUUUUGGUAGCAUGUUGAAUUAAUAUGUAAUAAAACUUUUGAUUGUGCAUAUUAUGCUAUUGUUGUAUUUUCUUGCCCUAGUUUAAAUGUGUUUUUCCUCAUCUUACUCUGAUUCCCUGUCAUUGUGACAUCACAGUCUUUGAUGAUUAUGUUUCUCUUUGUCUUCUGUGUCACUAAUUUCUUACCCGGCUACAGCAGGCAGCAUCUUAAAAACUGAACAGCAGUCAGUGAGGUGUCAAGUUCUCUUCUGCCGCAAUGUUUAUUUACAUUAAACAUGAAGAUAAUAACCAAUUCCUGGUUAACACCAACUGUCCAAUUGUUGUCCUCAUGAAGUACAUAAAAACCAGGUUGGGACUUGCUGAGUCAGAGCUUAUAGACCUGUGUGAUGAACCAGGAGUGCUGAAAUUCCUCUUUCUGCUCCAGAAUUCUCAGGAAUCUGCUCGUGGACUGCUGAAGGCUAAAGAGUCAUUCAUUGUUUGCAUUAUUAGACGUACAUCUGAUGGGGCUUAUACCUCUGUCACAUCUCUACUAUGCAGUGUUGACUCUGCUCUAAUAGAGUCCCUGCAGACUCAGAUUGAUAAUCUUGAGAAAACUCGUCUGAAGCAGCUUCAUAUUGUGGAGGCUCGUAUGGCUACAUCAGAGGAAAUCAAUGCUCAAGCUUUGCCUACUAAAUCUACUAAAAAGCGCAAGAAAGUUACACAUGCCAAUGCCCCUGAUGAAGAAGUCCAGCGCCACACGGGGGACAGGAAGAGCAGGAACUGAACAAACACCCUCACAUCCGAGCAUUCAGCGUUCAUGCUCAUUCUUAAUGCUGAGUCCCAGUUUAAUUCAUUCAAAUUACAGACAUGCUCAUCAAAAAUGCUGUAUUAUUAUUUUUUAAUUCUUUAUCUUUUUACUUGGUGAUUCAGGAAAGUUACAACUUUGAUUUUAUAACAUUACAUAAAACUCAGGGACUAUAUCUUC